AUGGAGCUGAAGAAGGACAGCAACGCCAUAUCCAUAGACAUGCUGCUGAUCGUGCACUCGGAGAAGCGGCGCGCCGCACAGGGCGCGCACUCGGACCGGCAGGCGGACCCGGGCGCGCCUCCGCAGCGCAGAGGAGGGCUUCAAGGUGUUGGAAACAGAAUCCGGAGAUGGCAGAAAUUAGAAAGAAAUGAACCACAUGGAAACCUGGUGGAGAAGCAGCACCCCCAGCAGACCCAGGUCAUCACCUCCUACGACAACCAAGGGACACAGCUGACUGUGGAGGUCCACCCUCAGGAUGCCAUGCCCCAACUGCUCAAGAAGUUCUCCUUGGCUAAACGUUUACAAGGCGAUAAAAAUGGAAACACAAGACCCCGGCAGCCUGGAGGGAAAGACGCCCAUGCCUACCCCUGGGAUCGCUCCAGCCUGAAAUCCAUGCCCCUGGACCUGCGGCAGUUUGAGAAACUGGACACCUAUGCCUCACAGGUGACAGUCAAGAGCGGCCUGGACGCGCUGGUGAGCGACCUGCUCCAGGAGGCCCACAGCGACCUGGAGAGGGUCCGCGCCAUCUGGAUCUGGAUCUGCCACCACAUAGAGUAUGACAUCGAGGCCGCCCAGGAGAAGGACCGCCAGGCCUUCAAACCCACCACCAUCCUGCAGACCCAGAAGACCAACUGUGAUGGCUACGCUGGGCUCUUUGAGAGAAUGUGCAGGAUCGCUGGCGUGCAGUGCAUGACCGUGCCUGGCUACUCCAAGGGCUUUGGCUACCAGCCAGGGCAGAGCUUCUCUGGGGAGUUUGACCACGCCUGGAAUGCCGUGUUCCUGGAGGGGAGAUGGCAUCUGGUGGACAGCACCUGGGGCAGCGGCCUGGUGGAUUCCACCACCUCCAAAUUCACCUUCCUCUACAAUGAAUUCUACUUCCUCACCCACCCUGCGCUGUUCAUCGAGGACCAUUUCCCGGACAACAAGAACUGGCAACUGCUCAAACCUCCUCAAUCUCUGAGGCAGUUUGAGAAUAACAUGUAUCACAAGAGUGAGUUCUACAACAAGGGGAUGCUGAGCGCCCACCCGCAGACCUCUAUCAUCAAAACAGUGAACGGGAAGGUCACAGUCACCAUCGAGAGCUGCGCCCCGACGCUGUUCAUGUUCAUGCUCAACGGCAAGCAGGAGCACGGGCUGCUGAGCCUCAGGAAGAACGGGAUGAAGCUGGACGUGUACCCUCCAACUGUGGGCACCCACAAGCUGCAGAUCUUUGCCAAGGGCAACUCGGAGAUCUACAGCUCGGUGCUGGAGUACACACUCAAGUGCCACUACGCAGACAUCGACGUCCGGCUGCCCGCGGAGCUGCACCAGCCCAUGGGGCCCAGCUGGUUCUCGGAGCAGAUGGGCAUCACGAAGCCGUCCCACCCCGAGCCCGUCAUCUACACCAGCGACGGGCGCUGCUCUGUCAGCUUCAGCGUGGAGGAGGGCAUCAGCGUCCUGGCAUCGCUGCACGGGGACGAUGGCCCCGUUACCGAGGAGGCACAGCGGCGCUACAUCUUCCAGCUGCAGUGGGAGAAGCGGAUGGAGCUGAAAGUCCAGUUGCCCCAUGCUGGCAAGUUCGCGCUCAAGAUCUUCGUCAAGAAGAGGCAGGAACCGGGCAACUACGUCUUCGUCUUCAAUUACCUUCUGUACUGCACCAACAGCAAGGUGAACUGGCCCGUGUUCCCUGAGAGCUUCGGCAACUGGGGGCAGGAAAAUGAGCUGCUGGAGCCCCUGUCGGGCGUGCUGCCCGCCAACCGCAACGUCCCGUUCAAACUGAAGCUGCACGGUGUCGCCGAAGCCCUGGUGAAGGGGCAGGACACGUGGCCCCUGACCCUGAACCGCGAGGGCUACUGGGAGGGCAGCUGCAGCACGGCCGGCUGCCAGGAGGUCUACGUCAUGGUGCUGAAGAAUGCCAACCACAACUUCUACUCCUACAUCCUGAAAUACAAGGUGAAUGCCCAGUGA